UAACGAUGAAGGCUUCGCUGCCCCAACGGGAAUUAAUCCGAAAUUCCACGCUUUAAUCCCUUCCAUCCUGUUCCUUUUCCUCUCUCUCUUCCUUCUCGUUCCUCCUGCAUCUCUGUCUGUCUGUCUCUCUGGCGCUCGGAUUUUUUUCCGGUGUAGGACGGAAGGGAGAAACACCCGCGCAGGAUAAUAUAACUUGGGCAACGUGUACAGUAUAGUUUUAGGACAUAUGCUGGAGGAGGUGGGUGACGGCCUCGAAAGGAGAAGGAGGAGGACCUUCACAGAGUCGCCCAAUCAGCGCGGCAUGUUUCAAUGAAGCUGCGGGUGGGCGUGGCGAUUUUAUGGCGAAGAGCAGGAGUUGCUGCUGUCGCUGCUGCUGCUGGGCGGAGUAGGGAGCGACACCUGCGCGAGGCUUUGUUGAGUGGACACGUGGCGAGACUCUGGGGUCCGGUGCGGGUGUCGCUGCUGCACACGACUCCGGUUCGCAUGGACCCAGUGUCUUCGUGGUUGGCGGUCAGGGCUGCCAACUUGGCCCUGGUUGUGGCCUUGAUUGGCGGCAGGAGAAGUAGGAGAUGGUUUCACAGACAAAGUGAUGAGAAGAAGCAGAAAAUCUACACAUAUUUGGGUGGUGCCUCUGCUUUGUCAGUGCUGCUGAUCUUGAUGAACCAGUGGGUGCACACUGAGUGGAACCCAGUCACAGAGAGAAACCAGGCUUUCUUAUUCAAGAAUUGGAGGAUGAGUUUGGCUGGCGCCAAACUCAUCCUCCCGUUAAUCUCGUGGGAACCCAAGGUCGCCGAAACUCUCAGCCUUCUCCUCAAGGAGACAUUCCUCUAUGACCUCCGAGAACAACAAAGUAAAUCCGUCAUUCGACUUCUGGAAAGGGGUGGAGUCCUAGCAGACGCUUACAGGGAAUUCAUUGAAGAAUGGGAGAGAGAUGGUGUAAUUACACCUACAUCACUAGAAGAAUUGUAUGCCAGAGGAACUCCCUUUACAGAAAAAUUAAAUGAAGAAAUUACUCGAUAUCUUCGUCUUGAUAGAGUGGAGAUUUUUGGAAAUGAAGAAGAGGAAGAAGCAGCUAAUGAAGUCGAAUUGGAGAAAUACUUAAGCCUAAUCAAAAGAGCACCAGAUGGAAGAGUAAUAGCUCCUCUCUUAAAGAACAGAACAUUCUAUGAUAAUGUUUCACCUAAUCUCAUAACUGGAGAACAGCGAAGUAAAUCCGUCAUACAACUGCUGGAAAGGGGUGGAGUCCUAGCGGACACCCACAGAGAAUUCAUUGAAGAAUGGGAGAAAGAUGGUACGCUAGUGGAUCAGCGUUAG